UAGAUAAAAAAGAAAACUCAAUUUAUUUGUGUAAUUUGUCAAAUUUACUUGCAGACGGUUUCUUGGUUUUAUGGAUUUCUAAAUGUUUUGUACACUUUUAUCUUGCGAUAAUUCGACAUGAGCUCGAAUAAGAAUGAAGAUCUCAAGCUUCCCGACGGGUGGGUUCAGUGCCCAUCUAAAUCAAAUCCAGGCAGGAAGUAUUUUUUCAACAAGAAAACAGGAAAAUCUUCAUGGACGAAACCGCAGGCUGACGAAAGAUAUGCUGGUGGCAAUAGUAAACAGAGAACUAAAAAGGAGAAAAAGAAACAAGAAAAGAGUAAAAAAGAAGACUUUCCAAAGAAGUCAUUGAAGCGGAAAAGCGACAACAAUGAAGAGGGUUCAGGGAAGAAGAAACCCAGAGAAGAUACACAAAUCUAUGAUAACUCAAAAAGAGAGAUGCGUACUCCCGUUAAAAGGCCAGAGAAGCAGAGUCCAUCGAAAAGUUUGAGCUCUAGCAAAAAAGGGAGUCCAACAAAGCCUCUUAGCAAAAACAUUGCUAACUCACGUCUCUCACAGUUACGUGCACAAUUAAAUAUUGAAGCAGAAAAAGAGGAAUCGUCCAAUUUGGACAAUUCCCCACAAAGAGUUAACCUGAAAAGGGUUAGCCCUAAUUCUACACAAACAGAAAUGCAAAUUAAAAUGGCCAAAAUUGAGACUCAGAAUCUUUUAUUAAAUGAUUCAAAGUGCACCACAACCACACCAUCACCGAGCAGUGACGGUGUUCAAUCUGCAUCAUCACCAUCACAAUUUUUUGCAGCAAACAAAAUCAUAUCAUCAAUGAAAGCUCAGUUACCUGACCAGUAUUGUGAGAAAUCAACACAGAAAAACACAUUUGCCGAUAUUGAAGAAGGCAUUUGUAAUCAAACUCCCGAAUAUCCGUUUUUAAAGCAUCCAGCUACACCGCCCCAGUUCUCUGAAGCCAGUAAACUGAUGUCUGCCAUCAAAUCAAAGCUGUCAUAUAAGAUGCCAGCUAAAGACACUAGUGUAACAAAUUUUAGUUCAGCCCAGGACAGAAUGAACAAUCUGAGAAAUAGAUUGAGCAGUGAGAUAGGAAUUGACAAUGAUAUUAGUAUAAGAGAUAGGGUGAAUAAUGAAAAUGUAUAUUCUGGCGAGGCAAUGGAUGUUGAUUAUGUACAUAAAGAGGUAACCUCAAAUGCACCGCCAGUCCAGUGUACAAAAAACAGUGGAACCAACAAUAAUGAGAAUGUUGUUUUAGUGGUGGAUACAAAUGUAUUCAUUCACGAAUUAGAUUUCAUUAAAAAUGUUCUUAAUUCACAUAUAAAAGGGUACAGCGAACCUCCCACACUGUUGGUACCGUGGCGGGUGAUCAACGAAUUGGACCGUCUCAAGGACAACAACAAUGGAAACGGCGCCAUCUGUAAACGCGCCAAGUCCGCCAUGGACUAUUUGUACAAGUCACUACCUGAGAAUGACAGGAUAAAAGGACAGUCAUUGAGGGAUGCUAAUUCUCAUAUAUACCCGUGUGAGCUGCCUGAUGAUGAAAUACUUAAUUGCUGUCUUCAACAGUCGGAGAGAGGCAAUUCUGUGAUCCUGCUGUCCAACGACAAGAACCUGUGCAGCAAGGCGGUGGUGAACGGCGUGAGCAGCGUGCCGCUGGCGGCGCUGCGGCCGCGCCUGGCGCCGCGCGCCGCCGCGCCGCGCGCCGCCCGCGCCGCGCUGCAGCGCCACCGCGCCGCGCUGCACCACCUCCUCGCCAACAUACUCGAGAAUGAAAUGCGAGCGAAAUAUAACAAUUUAUGGCAGCACGUACUGUUCAAAGCUCCACCCUGGACCCUUAGUGACGUGCUGCAGUGCUUACUCAAGCAUUGGAUAGCUGUGUUCAACGAUGUGUUCCCGAGAAUAGAGCAUCUGAUCACAGACUUGAGGAAUGCCUUGGUCUCUAUAGAGAGUAAAGACCCAGAAUGCUUAACUCAAUCGGAGGUGUCGAACUUCAUGGAGCUGUGCGUGGAAGUGGCGAAGAAGUGCCAGAUCAUCCCUGAGUACAUGGAUCUCGCCAAGCGUACACUCGAGCGGAUGCAGCGUCCACCAACCGAGCCUACUGCCGUGCAGGCCUUUGAGGCGCUAUGGUCCGUCUUCUCUGAGUAUUGUUCGAAGCUGUCCCCCGGGCAAGACGCGGCGGAGGGCAUGGUGUCGGUGGACCGGCUGCAGUUCGCAGCACGGGCUCGAGCUCUCUCACGCGCCCUUCAAAGGGUGGUGAACACUGACAGCGUCAGUGAUGACCAGGUGCUGGAACUGGAGGCUGCCGUUAGGGAAGGCCUGACGCUGAUUGGCGUCGACUGUGCUGUCACCGCGGAGGAUCUGAGGUCGUUUUGUACCAAUUGCGGGAACAUGCUCCAAGAAGCGUAUACAAAGUUCACACAAUUGACUGAAGUAUUGGACACAUGUCAAAGUAGCAUUAGCAAUGUUUAAGCUAAACCACAGCACAGUCGUUGUCAAAAGUGUUUACAAAUAUUGUUUAUUUAAUUCUUUUCAUCGUAAUUUAACUUUUUUUUUAAUUUAUUUUAGAGAAUUAACGGCACGUGAUUUUAAAUAAAUGUUACUUUCUUGAUUUUUAUUCGACAAUAUUUGACGUCCGAGUCGUCGAUAAAAGUCAUACAGACAGACAGUUAUAUAUCUCUUGAACUGACAUAAAAUAGUUGUAGAUUUUUUUUCUAACACUUCUAAUGUAUUAAUGUUUUUUUUUUUUUUGGGUAAGACCAGGGUCGAUAAUUUUUUAGACAAAAAACAUAAAUUAUUCGGAUGAAAUCCAUUGCAAAAGUAGGAGAAUAUAACAAAAAUGAAAUGAAAAAUAAUUUAGGGGUGAUCUGAGUUCAGGAAGUUGAAGGGGGGUGUUUUUUAGGGUAAAAAAAACGGUUUGUUUCGAUUUCCGACAAAACUACAAGUCCUAUGGAAAAAUGUUAAUUGGCAAAAUUGUAGGUAAUAAAAAAAAUCUAAAACUUUUGUAUGUACAGUUUUUCACAUAACGUGCAGUCCGGGGAUAGAAUAGGCCUUCCUUUCUCGUGGAUGUUGUAAGAGGCGACUAAGGGACGGCGAGGGAUGGGCAGCAGUGACUUUUUUAUAACGUUACCAAAGCUCAACUGCGGAUAUUAUAUGCGAACUGCGGACACGUGUUUCACCUCUAAACGAGGCAUCUGCAGGCAAGUUCAGACAUCACUGCUCGGCUCCAUAGUGUUUACUGUUGGUCACUCAAAGUGUGAAAUCUCAUUUGUUUUUUUUUUAAAUAUAGCUAUUUAUGAUUUUAUCUAUUGUCAUUAAAAAAAUCGCGUCGCGUUACUGAGAAUUUUAAAAUGCAUAUAAAAAGCGUGAAAAUUUACAAUUUUUGUGUGCAUUUUUCUGUUACUUUAAUACGUCUUGUAUCAAAUAUUGUAAACUAGAUAUACUCCAUGAUUUUAUCUGUGUAAAUUAGAAAUCCAUGAUUUUAUCUGUGUAAAUUAGAAAUAAAAUAUUGUGUAUGUUAAUCUAGGUGAUUGUACAUCUGUGUACCAUUCAGAUUUUACCUUUAUUUGUUUAGCCAUCUAAUCCUGGUCGAGGAACAAACAUCUUUAUCAUCUUUACAAAUAUUCACAGUUCUAUUUUUUGUAAUGUGAUCAUUAAAAAAUAAAUAAAUAGGGUCAUCAUCAUCAUCAUCCAUAUCAGCCAUUAUCUGUCCACUGCUGAACAUAGGCUUCCCCUAUAGACUGCCAUAAGGAACGAUCCCAAGCCCUCUUCAUCUAUCGACUUCCUGCAAUGCAUUUGAGAUUGUCAUUCUAUCUAAUAGACUCGUCCUACACUACGUUUGUCCGUACGAGGUCGUCACUCAAGAACUUUUCCCCAUUGGUUGUCGGUUCUUUGAGAUAUGUGACCAGCCCAUUGCCACUUUCGCUUGCUUUUCCUUCGGGCUAUGUCGGUUUUUUUGCCGAUAUCCUCAUUUCGGAUUCUAUCGCGCAUAGAAACUCCGAGUAUGGUCUUCUCCAUAGCUCUCGGAAUAACGUGAACCAUUGGUAAACGGGUUGUGUAGGACUAUGUUUCGAUUUCGUAGAUCAUCAUGGGCUAUACGCACUGUUUAAAGAUCUUUGUCUUCACACUAUGAGGUAUUUUGAAUGAAAAGAUGUGGCGUAGUUAUCUGAUAGGUCCAGCUCAGUAGGUCAUCGGUUGACCUCUCGGUCUAAAUUUGAACCUGAAUUUGAAGACGGAGUUUGAAUUCGACAACAUAACCUUCAAGAAAAGAGUAUAUUCCAUUUUAAAAGGCCGGCAGCACACCUGCAAUGCCGCUGGUGUUGUGGGUGAUCAUGGGCGGCGGUAGUCACUUACCAUCAGGUGAGCUGCAUGCUGUGUUGUAAAAAAAAAAAAACCAGUGCGUAUAGCCAGUGAUGACUUAUGGAACCGAAACAUAGUCCUACACGAUUGCCCGUAUGCAAAAGCUACAAGUUACUCAGCGGGGCUUUGGAGAUGGCUAUGCCCAACGUUUCUUGAUGUGACAGAAUCCGAAAUGAGAGUAUCCGCAAAAGAAUAAAAAUCACCGACAUUGGCAACGGACUGGUCACAUAAUUCGAAGAACCGUCCACCGAUGGGGAAGAAAAGUUCUUGAGUGACGACCUCGUACGGGCAAACGCAGUGUAAGACGACCCAUCCACUAGAUGGAGUGACGACCACAAAUGCAGUGCAGGAAGUCAGUGGAUGCAGAUGGUUCAGGACCGUUCCUUAUGGUAGUUUAUAGGGUAGGCCUAUGUCCAGCAGUGGACAGAUAAUGGCGGAGAUGAUGAUAAUUUAUUAACCCAUAAUUAAUAGUGAUUAUGCACAGCAGUCACUGGGUCAACGUGUCCUUUCGAUACAAAGGCCUCCUCCAUCGUCUUCCACUUUUUUUUACAUGGUACACUUCAUACAUACCUACAAAUGAUUAGUAAUCGAAUCUAAUGUACAAAUUUUUCUUUAUAUAUUUAGUUUGUAUACAUUAUGAAGUUAUAGUAAAAAUUUUUUUUUUUUUUAUGUAAUAAAAUAAAACACUUUUGAAAGCGACUGUGCUCACUUCUAGUCGGAAUUCUGUACAAAAAUGUACCAAUUUAGGAAGUUUAUAAGAAUUGUAUCUUUCAAUAGUGGAAGUUCCUUUCAUACAAUUAUCAAUUGUACAUAGUGUAUGAAUGUUGAUUAAAACAGUAGGCUAUUUGACAUUGUAAUAAAUAAUGCAUUGUUUAAUGCCAUCCGCGUUGACUAGGGGUUUUUAAAAGCGGUAUGCAUUAAUCUGACAAAAAUUAUAUUAUUAAUUAUGCAUAAAAAACUAGUUAUGUCUAGUACCACGUGAUCGAAAACGAUCUCGAUUGGCUAAAUGUAUGAUGACGUAACAUUGAAGUAAACGGCAUGUCUGUCAGUGAUCUUCGUUUGCGUUGUUGGCAGCGAUCCGCGGAUUCAAAUGAUUUUGUUAUUCGAAUAAUUAGUAAUUACUAAAGACAAGUUACUAAAAACGUAUGACAAUAUAAAAAAUGACAACAUUGAAUUUGCAAGACCACUUUUUGCGUAUUUUAGACUUUUUUGGUACACUAACGGUCGGCAUGUACAAUAAAUAAAUAAAAAUAUUCAAUAAUAAAUCGGUUCAAACUCGUGUAUGACACUCUAUGAUUGUUUACUGUCAUGUGACGUCACUGACGCCAUAUUGCACAAAGUUGCUUAUCGAUGGCUUUUUUAAACUGUACUUUUUUAUGUGCUAAUUUUUGAAGAAAUACUUAUGUAAAUUAAAAAUAAUCGCUUUUUGAGAGCUGUAUAGACGCCAUUAAAAAGUUUGAGAUGUUAUCCAGAAACUGGUCAAAUAGCCUAUUACAUGGAUUCGGGUAAUGGCCCCAAAGACUGACACUCUUAUUUGGUUUUUAUUUAGUAACUGCUAAGGGUGAUAUUUGGUUCAUUUACUAAUUUUGCUGCUAUUGAAAUCAGUUUUUUUUUUUUUUUUUUUAAUAAACUAUCUUAAGAGCGUUCAUUCUAAAUUUUAUCGAAAUGCAAGAAAUUGGAAUUUAUUAUUUAAUUUUAGAUUGUCAAUAUUUAAAGACGUCAAGAAUAUUUUUCAUUGAUAUUUAAAACUACUUUGACAAAAAAAAAAUACUUUGACAAUCUAAAAUGUUAAAUAAAUGUUAAAUACUGCUGACAAUUUCGCAUCUGCUUCAUAUCUGGCUAAUGAAGUUUUCAAAUACCUUUUUAGCGGAAAUAUUAACAUUUUAAAAAUUUCAUUGCAUGAUUUAAGUGGUAUUUAGUUAAUUUAUUAUUAUUUACCUCUCUAUCAGAGUACUUUCUAAUAACAAAUCAAAUAUAUUUAAAAAAUGUGCAAAAUUGUGUUUAAAAAAAUGACAUAUAAUUCCUAUGUUGUUACAGUCUGGUGAGUUUCGGUAUGAAAAUAAUAUCACUUUAUAGUAAAAAAAUAUAAUAGUUUUUUUUUUUUUUUAAUUAAAUUAUAGCCGGUAAUCGACUUAACAGGGUUAAUUUUUAGAAUUUUGUUCUGCAAGUUUUAUAGUUUAUACAGGGUGUAAGGGGCAGAUUGGUAAAAACUGUAACAGUGGUUUCAGACCAUUAUUUUUUUUCCUUUAAAAUAAUGAUAUUAUGUAAUAAAUAAAGAAAUAAUAUUUGGUAGUGAUAUAUUAUGAAAUAUCAGAAAAGAGCAGUGUAAUAUUCGUAUUAAAAUCCUCUCGCGACGUGUGGAAUCAGCUGUGUAAGGUCAACGACACGAGCGUACGAAAACUACCCACGAAGAAGUACCGUUAACGGCGCGGUGUUUUUUUUUUUUGAUGGGUGGAAAUGGUAUGGUAACCCGAACGAAUUAGGUAGUCGCGCCUUUUGGAAAUGUUAUAUUUUAAAUACAGCAUGGACGCAUUACCACCCAGUGGGAACAUGUGCGAUGGGACCAGAAGGUGAUGGGGUUGUGGAUAAUAAGUUGAGAGUUAGGGGUGUGCAGGGUUUGAGAGUGGUGGACGCCUCAAUAAUGCCCACCAUCGUCAGCGGUAACACUAAUGCCCCAGUAAUAAUGAUAGCAGAGAAAGCAUCUGAUAUCAUAAAACUUGAUCACGGGAUAAGUCCAAUUUAAAGGUGACAAAAUAGUGUAAGAAUUGUAUACAGUUUUAGUUGUAAAUUAAGGGUUUUUUUUUAAUGGGUGAAAAUGGUAUGGUAACCCCGCCCGCGCUAACGGGAUACGCUGGCGGAGCACCAGUGAAUGGUGAUAGAUGAGAAUGAAAACAGGCCAGUUAGCACAUCGUGAUGAAGACGGCGCGGUGUUAGGUAUCCCGCGUUGCAUGGAUUACGUCGUAAAAUUUUUAAAUACAUCGCGUGGUGCCACAACUAAGGUUCGUUAAUUGUGGGGAAAUAUCUGCCAUUUGAUUCAGACCAUUUAAAUCAGCUGUUUCCGUUGUGGCCAACCUGUCCCUUCCACCCUAUAUAUGGCGAGUCUUCUCGAGACCACGAACAAGAAUUGACCACGAUGAUUUUCAUUGGGAACGGUGUGGAGAUCGACCUGGCAGGGUAUAUUGCUAGCAAUGGGAACAGUGGUCCCCAUUGCUAGCAAUACCUUCCUCCUCUAGUAAUAAAUAAUACUGUUACCGCGUUGAUUAAACAGCUUGAGUUUUUAUUUCACGAUUUUCCAGUGUCAUUAUUUUAAAUGUAUAUUAGAAUGUUAUAAUAUUAAAAAAAAAAAAAAUGGAAAAAAAAACAAAAAAUGCUGUUAAAAUUAUCCUGAUCCAUGUACCAAAUGUAUAUAGACAUACGGUUCAUAUUCGUAUGGACAUUUUUUUUUAUGUAAAUACUUAUUACUCGUCUUCCUGCAAUCAUAAGGGCAUAGUUAUUGUUUUAAUUGAAAUAUUUUAUUUUAACACAAUGCAUGUGAUUCAUAAAAACGUUAAAGUUUCACAGAACAAUGUUAAUUAGUUAAGGUUAUGCUGCAAAAAUAAUUUUAAAGAUUGCUCGUCUUAAAUGUUGGGACGGGUUAGGUAGCGUCGUUUCUCUAAAGCUGUUUUUUUAAUUUAAUAAUUGUAUAUUUUUACGAAAUUACAGUUUUAUACCGAAAUACAGCCAUGCAAACAACUGCUUCACGGUCGGAAACGUGAAUGGUAUAGAGGUACCCAAGCAAUGACUUUUGUACAACGUCUCCCACUGUAAUUAUGUUUCUUUGUAAUUUUUAACCGACUUCAAAAACAAAUUUGGUUGUUUUUUUUAUGUUUGUUAC